AUGGAAAAAUUGUAUGAAGAGGUUGAAGAACCAGUGAGUCCUCAUGGACAAUAUUUCAACAGCUCUGUAAUGUGUGCAUAUAUUUUUGCCUUCUUGGAAUUAGAUAUUCCUUUUGAUGAGUCACAAGCUAUACCUUUGAUCAAAGAUCUCUUCCUCCCUAUCAAUCCACGCUUCUCCUCUAUUAUGGUUAGAGACAAAGAUGGUAAGAUGAGAUGGCAAAAGGUUGAAGUGAAGAUUCAAGAGAAUGUAAAGAUUCCUAAGUUUCCUGAAACCACAAACUCAUCAUCAACUGAGUUAUAUGACAAUUAUGUAACAAGUAUUCUAACUUCAAAAACACCACAAGACAAACCACUUUGGGAAAUUCAUGUUAUCAAUUAUCCAACAACAAAUGCUGCUAGCACCAUAAUAUUCAAACUUCAUCAUUCACUUGGUGAUGGUUACUCCCUCAUGGGUGCACUUCUUUCUUGUCUUCAAAGAGCUGAUGAUCCUUCUCUUCCUCUCUCUUUUCCUUCACGAAUACCAUUAGAUCCAAAAUAUUCAAAGAAAAGUUUAUUUAAGAAGCUAUGCUUUGGUGUAAAUGCAUUUUUUAGCUCCAUAUCAGAUUUUGGAUCAAGCAUAAUCAAGACAAGAGUAAUUCAAGAUGACAAAACACCUAUAAGGUCAGGAUAUCAAGGAAAUGAACUUCAGCCUGUUGCCUUGUCAAACAUAUUACUAUCUCUUGAUCAAAUGAGAGAAGUCAAAUCAAAACUUGGGGUGACUAUAAACGACGUGGUUUGUGGGAUAAUCUUCUACGGGAUUAGGCUAUACAUGGAAGAGAUGAAUGAGAAGACAAAAAGAGCAAAUUCAACAGCAAUUGUAAUGCUGAACACAAGAAAUAUUAAAGGCUAUCAAUCAUUGAAGGAAAUGCAAAAACCAGAAUCCAAAGGUCUUUGGGGGAAUAAAAUAUCUUUCUUACAAAUACCAAUACCUAAGCCAAACAAAUCAGGAAUUUGCAACCCACUUGAGUAUGUUUGGGAAGCCCGUGAAGUAAUAAAGAGGAAGAAAAGUUCUUUCAGUGUUCAUCUCAUAGCUUUACUCAUGGAUUUGGAGAUGAAAUUAAGAGGGCCUGAAGUGGUUUCUAAGAUAAUCUAUAACACAAUUGGUAACUCAAGUGUUUUCAUCUCAAACAUGGUAGGGCCAUUAGAGAUGAUGACUUUGGGAAAUCAUCCAGUAAAUGGAUUGUAUUUCACCCAGACAGUUGGACCUGAGGAUAUAAACAUUGCAAUUAUGAGCUAUAUGAAAACAUUGAGGAUCACUUUGAAAACUCUAAAGGGAUUCAUAGAUGAACAAAAGUUGAAAUUCUGCAUGGAUAAAGCAGUUGAACUGAUAUUCAAAGCAGCUAAGGAGAUCUCUGAGAAACCAAUCAAAAAUUAA